AUGGAUCUUCUAUCUGUUCUGCCUGAGUUUUCGACGCAUGGUUUCCUUCAUAUCAUACCGCCCCUCGAGCGGCGCAGAGUCACCAUCGUCGAUCUUAUCACCCUCGACCCUCUAGAAAUCGCAAAGCGCGCGCGCGUGCCUCCCGCAGAUGUUCGGCGCCUCUCCAAUCGCAUCAUUGAAGCAUUGCAUGGGGACAUUGGGUUUGAAAAGCCCCCAACAACCGCAGGACAUGAUGAUAGCACACCAAUCCCAAACCCGAACCUAGAGACCUCCAAUCAUGAGCCUGCAACCGAACGCCCACCUUCACAAUGGAAUACCAUAAGCACACUCGACCCCGCAAUGGAUGCAUUGCUGGGAGGCGGAAUACCAACGGGAUAUGUGACGGAGAUAACGGGCGAGAGUGGAAGCGGCAAGACCCAAUUCCUUUUGAGCCUUUGUCUGGCCGUGCAGCUGCCAAAGCCCCAAGGACUACAGCAGCGCGCGAUAUACAUAUCCACAGAGCAUCCACUGUCUACCCCACGGCUUACCCAGCUCCUGGAAUCACAUCCAGCUCUAUCAAGUCUUCCGCCUGAGCAAGCGCCAUCACUAGAGGCCAUUUUGUCAGUCAAUGCCAUGGACCUGGAAACACAAGACCACAUUAUCAACUUCCAGCUCCCCGUCGCGAUUCAGCGUUACGAUAUCGGUCUAGUCAUUAUCGAUUCGAUCACAUCGAACUACCGUGCCGAACACACAACUACCCUGGCAUCCCUCGCCAGCCGAGCGCGUCAACUUGCGAAACUAGGCAAUUUCCUUCGAAAACUUGCGAUCUAUGAAAAUGUUGCAAUUGUGCUUGCAAAUCAGGUAUCUGAUCGCUUCGAGCCCGUGGGUGGUGCCUCAUUACCGCGCCCACCGCUUCCAUCGAGACUAGGCUCAACGCAAGGCCAAGGAACCGGUCCUCCGUCCCCGUAUCCAAAGUCGCGAGCUGAGCAAAUAGCCGCGGAGAAUAGCACGCCGAGUUCAUCGGCUCCCCGCUCUUCUCAAGCCAUCUCCUCAUCUCCCUAUCACGCACCCGAGGACAAAAACUUCGACGGCUCAUAUCUUGUUCCAACGCCAGAGCGCAGCCCCUUCCUCAGUCUAUCUUACCAAGAACGGUUCUUCAGUGGCUGGGGUGAUGGUUUGAAUCCGGAUAGUGGAUCACUGAAGAAUCCAGCCCUGGGAUUCUUUUGGUCGACGCAGAUUGCCUGUCGGAUUGCUCUUAAAAAGGAUACUCUCCGAAUGGCGACUGCUCCAGUUGAGCCAGUUGAGCCAUAUAAAUCGAAGGCAGAUGUCGGUCAGGAUCCGGACUCCAUCGCGAUGCCUGCGCCUCCUCCGCGUCAUGCAAUACUAGGCUCACAGAGUCAGUCGCUCGUGGGCCCUGAUCCUGUAACACGGAGGGUUAUGAAGCUGGUGUACUGUCCUUGGGCGGGAGGGUUGAAAAACGCCUCGGUCAAAUCUCAACCACUGCAAACGAGGAGCGAGUUGGAAUUUGAAAUUUGGAAAGGUGGCUUGCGGGCUACGAGUCACGCCGAAUAA